CGUUCCGCACAUGCACGGUAGGCAGCGGCCGCAGCUUGGGCGCUCGCGCUGGGUCGCGAAGUGCCGGCUGCUCUGCUACCGUCAGGUAUGAAGGGCUGGGGUCUUACAGCUUCCUUCUUCUCGCUCGAGCGCCAUGGAAUGCCUGCGGAGCCUGGCCCAGCUCCUGCCCCGCGCGGUGAGGUUGCCCCGGCGCACCCAGUGCGCUCUGGCCUUGGGCUUGACCUCCGGGACUCGCCCCGUUGCCGCCUGCGGCUGCGCUGCCCAACUGCUCGGAAGGAGGUGGGCCGCGCCGCUGUACGGGCCCCGCUGGCUCCCCACGACAGGUGAAAUUCACCGGUAUAGAACUUCUGAUGUCUCUCAAGCCACUUUAGCCAGUGUAGCCCCGGUGUUUACUGUGACAAAAUUUGACAAAGGGGGAAAGGUUACUUCUUUUGAAAGGAAGAAAACUGACUUAUAUCAAGAAUUAGGUCUUCAAGCCAGAGAUUUGAGGUUUCAGCAUUUAAUGAGCAUCACAACCAGAAGCAAUAGGAUUAUCAUGAGAAUGGAGUAUUUGAAAGCUGUGAUAACUCCAGAGUGUCUUCUGAUACUAGAUUAUCGUAAUUUAAAUUUAGAGCAGUGGCUGUUCCGGGAACUCCCUUCACAGUUGGCUGGAGAGGGUCAACUUGUUACAUACCCUUUACCUUUUGAAUUUAGAGCUAUAGAAGCGCUCCUGCAAUAUCGGAUCAACACUCUUCAGGGGAAACUUAGCAUUUUGCAACCACUGAUCCUUGAGACGUUGGAAGCUUUAGUGGAUCCCAAACAUUCUUCCAUAGACAGAAGCAAACUGCACAUCUUACUACAAAAUGGCAAAAGCCUGUCAGAGUUAGAAACAGAUAUUAAAAUCUUCAAAGAGUCCAUUUUGGAGAUCUUGGAUGAAGAAGAGUUGCUGGAAGAGCUCUGUCUGACAAAGUGGAGUGACGCACAAGUCUUUGAAAAGAGCAGUGCUGGGAUUGACCAUGCAGAAGAGAUGGAGUUGCUGUUGGAAAACUACUACCGAUUAGCUGAGGAUCUUUCCAAUGCAGCUCGGGAACUUAGGGCACUGAUUGAUGAUUCACAGAGUAUCAUAUUCAUCAACUUAGACAGCCACCGUAAUGUGAUGAUGAGGUUGAACCUACAGUUGACCAUGGGAACCUUCUCUCUUUCGCUCUUUGGACUAAUGGGAGUUGCUUUCGGAAUGAAUUUGGAAUCUUCCCUUGAGGAGGACCAUAGAGUGUUUUGGCUGAUCACAGGAAUUAUGUUUAUGGGAAGUGGCCUCAUCUGGAGGCGCUUGCUGUCAUUCCUUGGACGACAGCUAGAAGCUCCUUUGCCUCCUCUGAUGGCCUCUUUACCUAAAAAGACACUGCAGGCAGAUAGAAGGACGGAAAUGAAACACAGCUUCAGGCCGGAUGGACUUGAAUCAAGCAGGAGUGUCCUAACAAACCGUUAGGCACAGCCCGGUGGAAACUGAAUUAUUUUUUUACGGUAGUCACAGGAAAAUUCUGAUAUUCUUCUAUUAUUUUCUUUUAUAAGAGUCAGAGACUUGGGGGGAAAAUCACUGACAUUUAAAUUAUAGUGUCUGAUGUUAAAAAUAUUAUGGCAGUCACAGUACUAGAACUUAAUUGCAUUUUCAGGAUUCCGAGUAAAGAAACAAAGCGCUUGCUUUGUAAGAGGCCAAAGUUCUAUUUCCUACAAACUUAAGAAGCUGUUUUUAUAGACAUGUAAGGCAUGGAGAGAUUAACUUAACACAAGAAUAGAUUGUGGUAUCAAUUUUAUUUAAUUUAUACAUGUCAACAAAAGUGCAACCUCAUGCCAAUUGAAGCCUGGAAACUUGACAAGCCCACAGUUCUGAGACCAGGUAGCCAUAGUUCUUAGUACAAGGAAUCACAUUCUUGUGAAUUUGUCACUCUCAGGUGACUGAAAAGCUAGCAGAAUAUAUAUUUACCUUAAAACAGACUCUGGGAGUUUGUGCUUUAAACCAGUCUUUGACAUAACCUUAUUUUCUUGUAUUUGCCCCCUUUUUAUAUAAGGAAUAAAAAAAAGGAAAUGAGUUUAAUGUCAGCUUUAUAUAGAUUCCAGUUAAUCAGAAUUUUACUUCCUCAACCAAUGAAACUAUUGUUCUUUGCUUGACUAUAAUUAAAGCUUUCGGAAAUUGAGCUGAAAGAAAGAAUUUCCAUUCUAUUACUGCUUUAUAACUGUUUUGGUCAUUCCCUGGUUUUUAGAACAGAUAGACAUGUCACCCCAAAAAGGAAAAUAUAUGUAGCCUAGUUAAUCUAUUUGCCUACACCUCAGAGGUUGACAGAUGGGCUUCCUAAAACAAGAGGGUAGAUAAACUUUAAAAUUGUGAUACCUUUUUGUUUUCACAAUCAGAUUUGGGUUUAAAACAAAUGACUGAUAUUUGUAUGUCUCAAAGCUCCUAUCCUACUUAACAUCUUCUGCCUCUUUUAAUAUUGGGUUUAUAAACCCGAACAAACUUUUUGGCCAACCCAAAUUAUUUUCUGGAGGUUAAGUACAGUUAUGCAAUAGAACAUGACAGUUAUAUUUGCCUCUAAAAGAUGCAUAGAAGAUUCUGGAGUGUUCAGAGCAGCUCUUGCACUACAAAUUUAGUAAUAAAAUAAAUAUGCAUACUCUGAUGAUGUUGUAUACCUGAUACCCUAAUAUGUCAUAUGAGGGAGUUUAGGGGUCCAUUUACAAGGUGGUUUAGUGCUAGGAAUAAAAAUGCUCUUCUAGUAGCUGAUCUGAAAGAAAACAAAGUUACAAGUAUUAGGUUUUCCCUGUUCCCAUGUCUGGUUAUGAGAGGACAUUAGAAUAGCAUGAAACAGGCUGGGCUUGUCUUGGAGCACACUUUAUGGUGUGGUUGUUGGAAUGUGAAUAGCAUCAUACAUCUGUUUGAUGAUUUCCAAGAUGAAGUAUCUUUGACAAUAUUUAUAUUUCACAGGGCACUCUUCUUUGGUACACCUCAGAGCACUCUGCUGCUAUUUUUGAUCUUAGGUCAUCACUGUAAAAUAAGGUAAUAAAUAUCACUUAACUGUGACAUAUGACGAAUUGGAAGUCCAGAGGGCAAAAUUUGAUUUGCUUAAGAUCAGGCAUGGGAUAGAAUUUUGGUCUUUUUUUCUUUCUGAUGUUGCUUAGUUUGUGGGCUUACAUAAAAAUUUUUGAUGAGUCAUGUCGCAUCAAUAAAUGGGAAAAUAAAUGCAACUACCUCAUAAGUCUGAUAAAAGGAAGGUACUAAUGGUUUAUAAAUUUCUUGAAGGUGGUUAAAUCAAGUAUGAUUUCCAGAUGUCAGCUAGCUCUGCUUUGGUGAUAGGUAGCAGGAUGCUUCUUAUAUUAAAGAGCCCUCAAAUAAUAGAUUAUGCCAAAAAAAAAAAAUGUUCAGCAGUUUUAAAUUUUGAAUUUAAAUAGACGGAGUACAUAAACUAUUUGUAAGUAAGGUGAAAGAAUACCAAACAUUCAGUUAUGAGUAAGCAGGCAUUCUGAUUCUGUUUAACAUGUAUAAGUACAAGGAAUGAUAUUCUUAACAGAUUGCCUUUGUAAGGCCUUUAAGAAAAUGACGUCAUUUUCAGAUGCUAUUAACACUUGCUUCAUCCUUGAUAGACUGAUAACCACUAAAUAGUCAUAUUAAAAAGCCGUUUAUUUUGGUGAGUUAUUCCAAGAGUUGUACAAGCUUUGUGUUUUGGAAUUGCAAUAUUAAACUCACUUUAAAUUCAGGAUUUAUUGUCAUUACCUUAGUAAUAGCUAUGCAGAUGGAGCAUGGAAUAGGGAAUUCAAAGACCUGAGUUUAUUCCCAAACUCACUUCAAAUCUCUGUAGGUCUGUGAUACAGAGGCAUAGAACAAUUUCAGUCUUGAAGCCUUGAUGAAAGUUUUUGCAUAUACAGGUAAUAGAUAAAAAUUGCAAAUAUGUAAAUGUGUUCUGAUAUCUUAAAGGUAAUUUUGAGUUCAAUUGUGUAAGUUCAGAUUUGUGUUCAGGAGAGAUGAAAUCCCUAAAGUAUUUUUAAGUAUUUCAGAAUCAAUGCUUAGAACUACAGUUAAUACUUAGUAGAGUGAAAAUUUAAUCCACCUGUUAGGAUAAUACAUUAGACUGUCAGGUAUUAGACUUUUUUCCUGUAUGCUGGGUUUUCACAUAUUUGCCAUAUACACAGUAGAAGUACAAUUUAUAUAAUUUUGAAUAUGGGGUUAGUAUGGUUUAAUAUCCUAUAUGAAAACCUGCUUCUAACUUUGUAAAUUUUAACCUUCUCCUGCUGCUUGCUAUGUGGUAUGUUCAGGCAUUGAGAAAAUAAAAAUCCUCAGGUAAAGAAUAAUCAUGUUUUAAACAUAGGCCCUAUCAUUUAGUAAAGCAUAACACUUUCUAUAAUAAUAGCAAUAUGAAGGUAUGCAUCCUCCUAAUCCAAUAGUGAAAAGAUGCCUUUACUAAAAUGCAGUGUCAUUAGCUUGUUCUACACUCAGACUUCUCAAUUCAUAAAAACUCAUAAUUACAACUAAUUUCUGGUCCCCUAAAAAUAAACUUCCUUUUAAUUAAAAAUAAUUCUUCAAAUAGGUUGAGCUGCCAAUAAUUGUUAACCAAAAACCACACGGUGUUUCUGUGUGCUUUUUGCUGUGCCGUAGGGGAACCAUGCAGCUAGUAUACCUCUUUAAGAAAGAUGAGACUGUCCCAGGAGUGAUCCAGAGGUCCUAUCUCGGUAUGUGCCUGUUUAUGCUGUUUUCCUAUAUACAUACUCACCUUAUGCUCACAAUUGUAAUUCUACUAGCUAUUCCUUGAUUUCUGAUUUAGCUUACUCUUCAGCUGAAUUCCUGUCUCCUUUGACCAGUCUCUGUACUGCCUCUAGAGAAGCUGAGAGAAGGGCUCUGGUCAUUGUUUAUUUUCUCCUGCUUUUUAGUAUCAUUUCACUAGUGUCAGAAGAAAGAGGUUCUACCCUGACUGAUAGAGAAUCAACUAGUUACUGUUUAUGGAUAACAGUGCCUGCAGAUUUUUAGUGAAGCUGAAAUCCUAUGGUACGUUUCCUUCCCCUUAAAUAUGCCACCCUGCAGGACUGGCAGAUGAGAUGUACUCUGCUAAAACCAGCCCAGAAACAAGGACAGCCAAGACCUGCUUCACUCCUCUUGGUCCCUUGCAGUAGCCUCUGGCUCAGGACAGAUCUCUCUUCUUUCUGCUCUAGUUCUGUUGGCACAGCUUGUGGCAGCCUAAUACCACCCAAGGCUUUGUGGGAUGACCUAGUUCACUAAGUUCAUCUGCUGUUAGAACAGUCAUUUCUCCGAAAGCAUCUGAGGGCACAUGAUCAUAGAGCUCCCAAACCUUGAGCCUGCCUGGAAAACACACUAUUAAUAGCCUUUGAAAACGCACCAUGGGGCUUCUCUGGUGGCACGGUGGUUAAGAAUCUGCCUGCCAAUGCAGGGGACACAAGUUCAAGCCCUGGCCCUGGAGGAUCCCACAUGCUGCGGAGCAACUAAACCCGUGCACCACAACUACUGAGCCUGCGCUCUAGAACCCACGAGCCAUAACUACUGAAGGCCACGAGCCUAGAGCCCGUGCUCUGCAACAAGAGAAGCCACCGCAAUGAAAAGGCCACGCACUGCAACGAAGAGUAGCCCCAGCUCGCCGCAACUAGAGAAAGCCCGCGCACAGCAACGAAGACCCAAAGCAUCCAAAAAUAAAUUUAUAAAAAAACCCACCAUGUUAUUUUAUCAACUUGAAAUAAGGGGAAGGGCUGCUUUUUUUUGGUAGUUUUUCUUUCAUUUUUUUCAGGAGGUACUUACUUCAGGAGAAAUCAAUACGUAUUGGGCCUGAAAGAAAGUGAUGAGAAAGGGAGACUAUUAAUAUUAUUACUGUUCACGGGGGUUUUUUUAAACCAAUUUUAAUUACACCCUUACAUUCACAUUUCUUCAUUUUAGAGAAGCCCUUUGUCACCAGAAAUUCCGCUUAUAGUUUAGCUCAGAAAAAUAGAUGUAUAAAAAUGUUUAUAUGUGAAUAUCUUACUAUAACAGCAAAAAUUUGAAAUGGACUAAGUGACUAAUAAUCACUUAAAUAAUGAUUAAACUGGUUUAUCUACAGAUAAAAUACUAGGUAUCUGGUAGAUAUAUUGUAUAAGACUAUAGGAAGGCAUAGAAAACAAAGUUGUAUACAAAAUCGUGUACAAUAUGGUCACCACGGUUAAUAAGAUACCCACUACACUGCGUAAGAGGGCACUUCAGAAUCAGCUCUUGGUUCAAGUCUCUGUUCUGCUAUUUCCUAGCAGUGUGACCUGUAACAACUUCCUUCCCCAAUCUUCCAUUUCUUUAUAAUGGGUAUAAAAUACCAAAUUAACAGCUUUGAUGCGGAUUAGAUUUUUUUAUGUGUAGCAUAGCGCUAGCCACAGAGUGAAUGCACAAAUGGUAGCAAUUAAGUUCAUAGCAAAAAAAUACGAGAAGGAUACACAUCAAAAGGUUAAUAGGCGUUAUCUCUGUAGAGUAGAAUUCUAGGUAGAUUUUUUUCUUCUUUGAACUGUGUAUUUUCUAAUAUUUUUACAAUAACCUUUCAUUUUUUUGCAAUUUAAGAAGUAAUUUUUAAGUUUAAAAAUAACAGCCAAGUGUUUCAGACCCAGGAAACUUAAGGAAACCCACCUGAGAAAAGGAAUAAAACAAAGCAAUGAAAGAGGAAAUAAAAAGAUUGGGAGUCUUCAUGAAACUCCAGUGGCCGUGGCCUGUUUUCUUCUGCCGCGGGCUCCUAACCAAGCAGUGGCCGGCUAUGACCAAGAACCAAUAUGACACCACAUCCAGCUGCAGCUGUGGGGGGUGAACCCUGCAGAACUGCCGGCAAGCAGGCAGCCUGGGCCUACACACACAAGCAAGGGAUUGUGUCCUGACCCCAGGUAAGGGGCGGGUUACCUGAGUUCAGGCAGAAACUAAUCAGAG